AGACGACAGUUAUGACAACGUAAAUAGGGAUGAAACGAUCUGAAUUAUAAAUGCACUAAAAUCUGUACCGAUUCAGUUGUUUACAAAGUGUGCGAAUCGACGAGUUAUCUGGAAAAAUGAACGCGCUUUAUAUUUUUGUUGGAUUUUGUUUAAGUUUAAUUUGCUUAGUUUCGUGUGCACCUCCUAAAGAGACUAAAGUAAAUAAAGAACCUAAAGUUCAAAAAGUGAUUAAAGUUCAAAAAGGGACAAUAGAAAAGAUAAUACCUAAAGUACAGAAAGAGCUGCAAAUACCAGAAAAGAAGAUAUGCACUUUAGAACCGUUGUACGCAAAAUGCAAAGUGGUCCCAGAGCAGCCUGGUGGGAUUAAAGGCAUGUUCUACUUCAUGCAAGAAGUGAAACCCAACUGCGAAUACGACUUUUUGAGCGUUCAAAUGAAUAUAGAAAAUCUUCCAAAAAAUAAUCAAUCAAAAUACAACGCUGUUCAUGUUCAUGAAUAUGGUGAUAUGACAAACGGAUGCAAAUCUAUGGGUGGUCAUUACAAUCCUAUGGGUGUCAACCAUGGAUCACCAUGGCAUCCAAAAACUGGUCGUCAUGUUGGUGAUUUUGGAAAUCACUAUCGUAGUGAUAGGGGUUAUUUUGGAACAAUAAAGACCCGACAUGUUGACUACUUUGCAAGACUUGAUGGAAAGUAUUCUAUCAUCGGCCGUGGAAUGGUGAUACACGCCGGGGAAGACGACUUAGGCAUGAAACCAAAUGAUCCUGAAAGUCUUAAAACAGGGAACGCAGGGCCACGCCUCGCAUGUUGUGUCAUCGGACAUAGUAAAACUAUACCAAAAUCUAAAUUUAGCCUUUAUGGCAAAUAAAAAUGGAUUAUAAAACAAACAAAAAGGUUUGUUUCCUGCUGUUUCUGCAAGGACUGAUGAGUUGCCAUGAAAACAAUUUGUGUCAUAAUUUAUUCAUUGUGGAACAUUAAAACCAGUAGUUUUAAACACUCGCAGAGUUGUGCUAUAAUCGUAUUGUUCUGCUUGUUUCAAACGUACACACGAAAUAUAUUCUCAUUGUUGUACUAUUUUGAAAAUGAAACAUGAACGAUUAUAUUUUUUUAGUUAUGAAAAUGUACAUUUUUUGUAACUAGCUUAGGUUGAAAGGUGAGUAAAACAUUUUGAGUUCAUGUAUGUCACAAAUUUUCAUGUUGUAUUUAUUUCAUUAACAUUUAGCAAAAGAGUUUGGUUUAAACAUAUUUUAUUUAGAAUAUUUGUACAUGUGUAAGUAACAACAUAACAAUUAUUCUAGAUUUUAGCCGAAAGCAGGAGCUUAUAGAAGCCACUAUCUAACAAUAACAUUCUUCAUGAACUGAUAAAUGCCAAAGAUGUGUUUAGAAAUGUUAAUGAUAUAACGGUGUUUAUUUUAUAUGUUCCCCACCUUGAUAAUUUAUCUCAAUUAAACUGUGAUUUCGUACAAUGUAAUUUAAUUGCUUCUCUGAAAGCUUUUUUGAAAUUAUAUUGCUGAGGGAAAUAUGUAAAUGAUUAUUUCAUUUGUAAAUAUUCGCAAUAUAGAGAACCAAAGUGGGAGCAAUUAAAGCUAAAUUCUGACAUUUUAACAGGUUUAUUAUUAUCAACGAGCGACAAAUUUUAAUCUACGCUAUUUUCCAAGUAUUUUAAAGAUUAAACGUGCUCCAUAACAAAACCUUUCAACCUCAAAUUAUUCUGUUUCCGUUUUACUAAAAGUGAUGUAAACGUAUUAAAUGAAAAAAAUCAAAGUUUGA